AUGUCUUUCUAUAUGGAUGUUGUUUUUGGUAAACUAUACCAAACAAAUUUGAAGCUAAAUCCAGAUAAGUGCUAUUUUGAAAAAGAUCAAAUAGAGUUUCUGAAGCAUGAAAUUUUUAGCAGAGGUAUAACUCCAACUACAACAAAAGUGGCUGCUAUAAAUGCAUCAUAUCUUGCUCUUAAUGCAGUGUUAUUCCAAUCUGGCACUAAUAGACUUGAAGGUGUUGUGGAGUAUGCUAGUUGA